ACUUCCGGUGGUGUUUCCUGUCAGUGUUUGUAAACUGCGAAAAAAUUGGAAGUGCGACAAGAAUUAAUAAUCUUCAACACUCUGAAAAUCGGAAGGCUUUGCCCCCUGAUGAUUUGGGUGGGUGUCUGUCACCCCUCAUUCUGAGUGAAGCCCCCUUUGUCUCCCCAAACACGCACGCAUUCAAACCACGACGAUGACACACCAUUCCAACAAUUCUGUUCGAGACCAUAUGAAAUGGGCUGGGUUGCUGGGCUGCGAGGCGGUGCUGUCCAGCAUGGCCCUGAUGCAGGCCAACAACAUCCCAGGCCAGAAGAAGAUGAUGCAACCCUUAGUUCAGGGGCACAGGGCCAGCCCUGACAGCCACCAAACACACUCGCAGCACAGCCACAACCACCAUGGCCACCAGGUUCACCACGGACAAGCCCACCACAGCCACAUGGGCCAUCCUUCAGCGGGGAGCUGUCCACCCCUGCUAAUCCGAAAAGACGGGGAUUAUCACUCAUCAAGGAUGAUUGAUGCAAAGGACAUGCAGGCAAACCAGAAUAUGCAACCCAAGAAGAAACACAAAAAAUCAGCAUCAUCCAACAAAGUAAAAGUGGAACAUUUAAUUCCACCACUUGAUAUGGAUGAUGACAGCUCCUUAAAAGUCCAGAAGAACUUCAUCUGUGAUCACUGUUAUGGAGCUUUCAGGAGCAGCUACCACCUCAAGCGACAUAUUCUUACACAUACAGGGGAAAAGCCAUUUGCUUGUGAUGCGUGCGAUAUGCGGUUCAUUCAACGUUACCACCUGGACAGACACAAGAGGGUGCACAGCGGAGAAAAACCGUACCAGUGUGAUCGCUGUCAUCAGAAUUUUUCACGGACGGACAGGCUGCUGAGACACCGACGACUUUGUACAGUUGGAAUGAGCAAAGAGGAAAGCCAGUACUCCCAGGAUGCAUCUGGCCAUCCAGCUUCCUGGAGCCCCUUACAGCCUUCAAACACCCGUCUGACUGUCUGACCCUCAGCUUCCCAUAGAGACCCAACAGACAGCAGCAGUUUGCAGCUCAGUGACGCCACACACUGGAGUUACGACCUGAGAAGAACGUAGCCCAAACACAACCAAACUUUAGUUUGCUCUCGCCAGCUCAUUUGUAGAGCUUGAUAGUGGAUUUUUUGUGCUUUUUUUAACCUACUGUUACAUUCAUGCAACAAGCAAAAGGGGAUGGACUAGUUUACAAUCUUGGACAACAGACCAUGGUAUUAUGGCAAUAACUGAACUGAAAAAUGCACACAUCUCCUUUUUUCUGAAAGGUUGCAGGUAUUUUUUGGUAUCGCUGCCUAGAGAUUACAAGUAUUUUUUGAUUGCAUGGACAGUCAGUACAUCAUGCAGCAGCUAUCAGAUUUCUUUUGACCUGCAGUCAACUCCAGGUCAACCUGUUACUAAACGUGGACAUUUCACCAAAGGACACAUACAAAACCAUGUAGCAUUUUAGUGUUAAAGUCCUACUUGUUUUGUGUUUCUCAUGUACCAGCUACUGCUGAUGAGUAAAAGGUAACAGCCACCAGCUUGUGGUAUGUGCUGCCCUGAAGACAUAACCAUCUAUUUCCUAAAUACUGUAGGUAAAUUUGAAGUAUUUUUUGAUGAUUUAAAUGUCAAAGGGGCUCAUUGCAGCCUAAUAUUUAAAAAAAGUAAUUCAUUUUUAUUUCAUAUACAAGAUUGCCUUUUUCCUCCAACACGCAAGUCUUAAAUGGAUUGUAAUAAUUUCUUAUCUGCUAUUCAACCAGCUGCUGCAACUACAUGGGCAACUCUGUUGGUGAUAUGUAAAAAUCGGCUCAUAAACGCUAGGGGUUAACUACACUACCAUUCAAAAGUUUGAGGUAACUUAGAAAUGUCAUGUGCAAACAUUAUUGUGCAAUAAUGUUAGCACAUGAAUACAAGUGUUAGUUUUCAUGGAAAUUAUCUGGGUGACCUCAAACUUUUGAAUGAUAGUGUAGAUGCUCCUCAAAUGUCAAGUUUUCAACUAAUCUUGGUAUUAAGUUGUGUUGCGGCUGUAGGCACACAUAUUCGUUUUACCUUGUUUUAAAGGGAUUUGGUCAUGACUGUUAAUACAAUGGAAAGCUGGCAGGUUUUCAAGGAGUCCAGAUUUUUCAAAGCUCUUGAACUCUUGAGCUUUUUCAUAAUGUUAACUGGAUGUGGGAUUCACCUGUCUGUUACAAAAGUAGGUGUUUCCUCCAUAUAUAUCCAUUGUAUUUACGGUCUCUUCUUAGAAACCACAGUAUUGUUUGUAUUUCCUGUUUUGUUAUCAUAGAUUCUUCUGACAGAUUUUCAUCCUUUGAUAGGUGUUUUUGGUCAGUUAUCUGAAAUUUUAGGUUUACAUGAAGGUUGAUAGAGUUCAUUUAUGUGUGAAAUCUUGUCAGAAAACUGUUUCCAAAUCACUGGAUCAGUAGAGUCAUUAGCCUAUUUUUGUCACUGGAGGUACUUUAGAAUUUUCUUGAUUCUGACUAGUUUUAAUCUGUGCUUGUUUAAGGAUUAAUUUUACAGGAAAGAGGAAAACAAAUAUAAUUUGGCUCAUCCACAGAUUUCAAGUGCAGAGCUGUGUCUUUGUCUGACUGAACGUGAUCUGAAUCCAGUGCCAUGUCAUUUCAUCUCCGGUUUAACCUCGGACAUCUUCAGUGAAGAUGACUAAUUGUACUUUGUGGAAAGGGGGCUACAAGGUCUGCAAGGUCUUUUAUAUAAUGAUAAAUGGCAGCACACUAAGUCUACUAAGCCUGUAUGUGGUUAAAUCAGUCUGUAAACAAUGGACUGAUGACAUUAGUUAAGGUUUAGAAGAACACAAGUUUUAACAGUUAUUUAGACUAAAAUGUUUCAGAGUAGACAUGUAGUUCAGUUCUGUGCUGUCAGACUUUUAGAUUAUGUGAGAGGAGUUUGGGGCUCAUCGCUGUCUACUGUUUAUGAAGUUAAUAUAUAUUUAAAUUGUACUAGGGGUAGAAAUUAGUGCGUAUGGGACCUGAACUCCAAAAGCAAAUCAAAGUUUUUACUAAGUUGUAACCCUUAGUCUGAUCAUUUGUUAUGACAGCUGAAAAGACCGUGGUAAGUUAUUGUUGAACUUGCUGUCAGGAGAAAAGUAAAAUCUUCCACUCUUGCCCUUUUAGUAUAGCAGCCAUGAUUAGUUAGGAUGUUUUUUGUUUGUUUUUUUUAAUUUGCAUGUAUUUGUUGGAGGAGCUUGUAUACAUUUUGUUUUGUUAAAAAAAUAAUGUGAGGACCGACAAUUUUGUCAUGUCAGAAGUAAAGUGAGGUCAGUGUUGACUCAGUCACACUGUACUAAAUGGAGUUUUAAAGGCCCCAAGUCACAAUAAAGGUGUUGAUUUUUAAACACUG